AUGAGAGGUUCUCCUGUGAUGAAGAUUGUCGUUCCCAGCCUCCUGCUCUUGCUGCUGGUCCGUUAUUCCGCUUCAUACCCAUUGUGCACUGAUUUGAGAGCACCCUUUGAUGCUGAUAAAGCCGGUCUCGGCUUUUGUCGAUACAAUGGCAGUGUUUGUUGUGAUUCUGCUCAAGAUCUACAGUUGCAGAAGCUAUUCAAAGCAAUGAACGUCUCAGACCCUGGCUGUGCUUCUCUUCUAAAGUCGAUUCUUUGUGCACAUAGCUGUCAGAGGGGGGAAAAUUUUAACAUCCUUAGCCAUUUUACACGUUGUGGGUCUGCUUGCUUUUUGCAGAGUUGUGAUCCAUUUUCGGCUGAACUGUUUCGAGUCGAACAAGCACCUCGUGUGGUUCCUGUUCUCUGCAAUUCUUCAAAAUCUGUGAAUUCAACGCGGUCCCAACUCUACACGCUUGAUUUCUGCUCAAAUCUCUGGGACAAGUGCCACAACACAUCCAUAUUAAGUUCUCCUUUUGCUUUUGAAAGUAGAGCCAAAACAACACCCAGUUCUAGAAGCAAGAUAUCUGACUCAUGGAGUUCAGCAGCAGAGUUUUGCAACGAAUUUGGUGGGGCUUCUGAUGACACGUCAGUAUGCUUCUCUGGUGGACCAGUUAAGUUAGGUAGUGCAGAGAAUUCAAGCACCCCGGCUGGCGUUUGCCUUGAGAAACUCGGGAACGGUUCCUACCUUAAUAUGGUAGCUCAUCCUGAUGGUUCAAAUCGGGUGUUCUUAUCCAAUCAACCUGGUAAAAUAUGGCUCGCCACGAUCCCUGAGCAGGGUUCGGGAGAGAUAAUAGGAAUUAACGAGUCAAGCCCCUUCUUUGAUCUGACCGAUGAAGUGCAUUUUGAGAGCGAGCUUGGGAUGAUGGGACUGGCAUUCCACCCGAAUUACCAGAACAACGGCCGGUUCUUUGUUUCCUUCAAUUGUGAUAAGGCCAAGUGGCCUGAUUGUUCCGGUAGGUGUUCGUGCAACUCGGACGUGGGAUGCGAUCCUUCGAAGAUAGGACCGGACAAUGGGGCAAACCCUUGCCAAUAUCACAGUGUCAUAUCAGAGUUCACCACCAAUCAGUCUUCACUGGUAAACAAAACUGGCGGCAACGUUAAUCCAAAUGAAGUGAGGAGAAUAUUCACGAUGGGCCUCCCGUUCACUGCCCAUCACGGCGGUCAAAUUCUUUUCGGACCAAAAGAUGGGUACUUGUACUUCAUGAUGGGUGAUGGAGGGAGUAUUGGCGAUCCCUACAACUUCUCGCAGAACAAAAAAUCCUUGCUUGGAAAGAUUAUGAGGCUCGAUGUUGAUAACUUACCAGAUUCGACGACGACUAGUGAAUCUAAACUAUGGGGAAAUUAUUCAGUUCCUAAAGACAAUCCGUUUGCUGUGGAUAAGGAAUUAGAGCCCGAGAUUUGGGCCCUGGGAUUCAGGAAUCCUUGGCGAUGCAGCUUCGACUUGGAAAGGCCUUCCUACUUUCUCUGCGCAGACGUUGGCCAGGAUCUAUACGAAGAGGUGGACAUAGUCACUAAAGGCGGAAACUAUGGAUGGCGCGUCUAUGAGGGCCCCUUCCUGUAUCGUCCCCCACAAAGCCCUGGCGGCAGUACAUCUGCUAGCUCCAUCAAGCCUAUUUUUCCUGUGAUGGGAUAUAAUCACUCCCAGCCCCAGAAUCCGCAAGGUUCUGCAUCGAUCACUGGAGGCUACUUUUAUUGGUCUAUGGCCGAUCCGUGCUUGUUUGGAAGAUACCUGUACGCUGAUCUGUAUGGCAGUGGCGGCAUCUGGGUGGGCACGGAGAAUCCUGAGAACAGCGGCAACUUCACUAGCGCUCAAGUCCCUUGCAGCUGUGCAAAGGACACUCCUAUACAGUGUGAUGCCGAAAAUGAGCCGUCACCCGCUCUAGGUGCGAUAUUCUCUUUCGGCCAGGACAACAGUAAGGACACUUUCGUGUUGACGAGCAGUGGACUGUACAGGAUCGUGAGUCCUAGCCGAUGCGACUACGCUUGCUCCAAAGAAACGGCGACCUCCUCUCGUAGCCCUCCAGCGUCCGCUCCUCCUCCUCCUCCUCCGUCCACUUCAACAGCAACGCCACGAAGGCACCGGGGGGCAGAGUUAUUACCUUUUGGUAUCGUUCUUUCUCACAUGCUCUUGUUCGGUUUUGUUCGUGAUUUGUAACCACUUUGCAUUCCUGCUAUUUUCUUGAGAAAAGCAGGUUGCUCGCGAAUUUCUUUUAGAGUGCUGUCACGAGUAGGAAUCGAAAGCGAGAAGUAGUGGUUUUGUAUAUGUUCGGUUUUUGUUGGGAUUUGUAACCACUUCGUACUCCUGCUGCAUUCUUCCCUCUUUUGAAGCUCUCUGUCUUUCUUUUCUCUCCCGAUUUGUUCCGGGAGUUUGUGUGUGAAAAAUACUUGCAACUGAU